GGGGAGACAUGCGCGCGGACUGAGCCACAUCUGGAAUAGUAACUACACAGAAGGAGUCCAGAGGAGCAGCAGACGCGCCGUGGUUCUCUCCAGACUCUCCACUUCUUUUUUUACCACUCUGACACUUUUUUUUUUUUUUGCUUUUUAGCUUCGAAAAUGCUGUUCAUUCUGCUCGGAGUGCUCGUCUUGCACCUAAUCAUCCUUAUUCUCCUUAUUGUGUCUACAGCGGCCAGUACCUGGUCUGUAAGUGAGAUGAGUAGCACUAAUCUUUGGUACAACUGCUUGACGACCCCUCAAGGCUACCACUGCAAGCCAGCCAGCAGCGAUGAUUGGAUCCAGGCAGUGCAAGCCCUUAUGAUCCUCUCAGUCCUCUUCUGCUUUUGCUCCCUCAUUGCCUUCUUGUAUCAGCUGUUCAGACUGGUGAAGGGCGGACGCUUCUUCUUCACCGCCAUCUUCCAGAUCUUGGCGAGUGUGUUUGUGAUGUGCGGGGGGAUCAUCUACACCGUGAUGAACCCGGACAGCAGUGCACAGUUCGGCUACGCCUACAUUCUGGCCUGGGCGGCGUUCCCUCUGACUCUCAUCAGCGGGCUCAUUUAUAUCGUUCUGAGGAAGAAGGAAUGAGAGCAGGAGCAGGGGAGGAAAGAGGAGGGGGGCAUCGGGAGGCCCCUUACCACAACAUCGCACUGUGCCUACUGCACCCACAGACCAUGGACUGACAUCUCAGCAGUUUCCAUUUGUUUCCCAGAACAAUCACACUAAUUAGUUUUUUUUUUUUUAAAUCCACAGUUGAUUUCCUUUGAAACCUGGUUCCAUUUUUAUAGGUUUUAGGAGUUUGGGGGGACAUCUCGACUCCCCAAUACUCUACAAAACCAUACAGUGUGAUACGAUAAAAAACCCUGCCUCACUUCGGUAUGAAGAUGUACAUAGUGUCUGUGGUUUUUAGUCAUAUUUAUAACAGUUUUUACCUACAAUGUGUACAUAGUGUUGUCAAGUUAACAUGCUCAUUUGCGUGAAAGUUUGUCUCUCACCAGUCAUGCAGCUGUACCAAAGAGAUGUCGCUUCAUCUGCCAGAGUAUCAAGCUUCUCCUCUUUUCUUUGCCUUUUUUAAAUGUCUAAUGCCUUUAACAAUGUGCCUUAUUUAGUUCAUGUGUUUGAGUGUAAAGAAAUCAGAAAAAAAAGUUACAAAAACUCUUGGAGUUUUUUUUUUGUUUUAAUGUACUUGAUAUUUCAACUAAAAUUGUUUUGAAUUUUGUAUUGCUGAAAAUGGUGCUUUUUUAAAUAAUAAAAAAAAACCCUACUAUUCUUGAAACAUGUAUUCUGAUUUGUGUUGCGUGUCAUUUCCUGUAAUUUGUACAAACUUAACUUUUUUGUCAGUAUUACAAAUAAACCUGUUGAA